AUGUUGAUGUUCAAUGGCACUUUCUACCAGCCGCCCUUCUUCCUUCUUUCAGGAAUUCCAGGACUGGAAAAGUCUCAUAUAUGGAUGUCCAUUCCAUUGAUAAUCAUGUAUAUGAUUGCCAUUAUGGGGAACUGCAUCAUCAUUCAUAUAAUACAUAAGAAUCCCAGCCUUCAUGAGCCUCAAUAUGUAUUCCUGUCCAUGUUGGCAGCCACUGACACCGGCAUAUCAGCAUCAACCUUACCCACUGUUCUAAAUGUCUUUCUUCUCAACCACAGAGAGAUUGAGUUCCAUGGUUGCCUGGCCCAGAUGUUCUUCAUUCACACCUUCUCUUCCAUGGAGUCAGCAAUCCUGCUGGCCAUGGCUUUUGACCGCUUUGUGGCCAUACGUAACCCCCUGCGCUACACCAUGGUCCUAACUGGCUCCCGAAUUACUCAGAUGGGAUUGGCUGCUAUGUUUCGAGGAGUGGCAUUGAUGGCCCCUUUACCCAUCUUGCUCAAGCGACUUCCCUUCUGUAAGAACAUCGUCCUGUCUCACUCAUUCUGUUUCCACCCUGAUGUGAUGAAGUUAGCUUGUGGGUCUAUUCGUGUCAACAUCAUAUAUGGUCUCACCCUGGUUCUCUGUUCCUUUGGCGUUGACUCCAUCUUUAUUGUUCUCUCCUACGCACUAAUCUUGAAGACGGUUAUAGGCAUUGCUUCCAGAGAGGGACGGCUAAAAGCGCUCAAUACGUGUGUUUCCCACAUUAUCACUGUCCUCAUUUUCUAUGUCCCACUUAUUGCCUUAGCCCUGAUCCACAGAAUAGGCAAGUAUCACUCUCCUCUUCCUCAUGUCACUAUGUCCAACAUUUUCCUUUUCCUCACACCUGUCCUCAAUCCUUUAGUUUAUAGUGUGAAAACAAAACAGAUAAGAAAUUCACUAUGUAGACUGUUGCAUUUAAAAUAG